AUGGUGAAAAAGAAGGCAUUAACAACAGCAGAAAGACAGCGGCGCUACCGGGAGAAACGAAAAAAAUAUCCAGAAAAGGUAGCUGAAGUUAAACGCAAAGAUCUCGAGAGAUAUCAUACUCAGCCUCUGCAGUAUGUUACCUCUCAACGCGGCAAACGUCUGCUACUGGUCAAUGGAUAUACUUUCUGUCGUCACAGUACAUACAAACCACCGAAAGUUCGUUGGGUCUGCGCCACACACAGCGGCAAAGGUUGCAAAGCAGCUGCAUACACGUACAAUGAUAUACUAGUAGGAACGAAGAACGAACACAAUCACAGGCCUAAAAUCGACUACCCCGAACAAUUAACUCUUGAAAUUAAAUUAUCCAAACAGAAAUCUUAG